AUGCAUUUAACAAGGCCAAAAUCCUCUAAAGGGCGAAGCAGACCUGCUGUCUAUCAAGCUCCACAGAGAGAUGAAACAGCAGGCAACCAGGAUAUUUCUCUCACUCCAAAGUCUCCUGCGGCAUAUAACAGGUCAGAGGGAUACCUCCGCUCCUGGUCCCAACCCAUCAUCAACCAGAACGACCAGCCCAGUCAGGAUGAAGUUACACACAUGCUGCAAUCUGCCACCACUGUCCCAAAGCUUUCUCUGAACAAGUAUAAGGUCCUUCCAUCCAUUAUGAAAAGGGAUUCAGGGACGAGCCUUGUGGGUGGCAUAGAAAGAAUGACAUCUAACAAUCCAUCUGAUGGCAUUAUCCUUCAUCAACAGCAGAGACAUGGAGAGCCAUAUCUCUCCACAGCAGUGCCCUGUAGCAACCCUGAGAUUAGCAACAGCAUCAAUGUGCACAGCGCAGUGACCUCCAAGCCUCCAGGCCCCAUGAUGACCGUAGAGACCGAAAAGGACAACUCCUUACCCAGUGCCACAGGCAGUAUCCUCCUAGCUGUCCGAGCACCCUGUGGCAGGAGGUUUCAGGAACAGUUUGCUUAUACAGAUACUCUGCUCACAGUGAUAGCCAGUGCAGAGGCCAGAAAUGAAACAAAGUAUGAAAGCCCUUUUAUUGAAACCAUGGAUGUCCCACGCAGAACCUUCACAGACUUGAACUCAACUUUGGCCCAGUGCAGGAUCUUGGAUAGAUCGGUGGUGUGCAUCUCUGAAGAGGACAGCUCGGGAGAUGCAUGA